UUCUCGUGUGCCUAAACGUCAUCUGUGACUCUUCCUCCCAGUUAUUUUCUAUUUCACUCCUAGUCUCACCCCUCUCGCGGUCCGUUCUCCAGACGCAGCAGCUCGGCUGGUAUACGCCUAUUCCCGGCCAACCACCCUGUCCCCCAGAAAGAAGAGAAAGAAUACGUGGGACACACGAAAGAUAAAGUAUCCUAGUUUGUAGUUUAGAUUUAUCCAGGACAAUCAGAGCGGAUAUCCAUCGACACAGAAAGAAACCCCGCCUUUACUCGUCUCGCGGUCUCUCAACUUCUCCCACCUACUCUUUCUUUUUUUAUCUCAAUCCUUCUUUCUAUUAAAAUUGUUUUUGACUGGAUGGAAAGAUGUGGAUCAACUGCGGAAGUGGUCAGGUCGGACCCUAAUCUAAAACAACGAGACACCCGGGCCGUCACGAACGCAGCAGGCAGAAUAUAUUCAACAGGACGGAGCUAUACUUUCUCUGGCUGGACUGAUUUUCUGCUCAGCGGUCGAACAUUCUGAAAAUUGCAUAUAGGCUACCGCUGUCUGUUCCGUGGGCUCUAACCCAAAGUCUCAUACGUCGCCUUGGACCUCAGUGAGAGUGGAUUGGGACCAAAUAUGGUGUCCAGUCUGAGCGAGUGGUUCUGGAAUGAGCGGCUGUGGUUCCCUGAGGGGCUGGGUUGGGCUGACCUGGAGGACAAAGAUGGCCGUGUCUACGCCAAGGCCAGCGACCUUUGGGUGGUGCUACCCAUCGCCCUAGCCUUCCUCGUAAUACGACAGAUCUUCGAGAGGUUAGUGGCCACCCCACUGGCUGCUGUCAUGGGGGUGAAGGAGAAAGUUCGGCUCAUAGUCUCACACAACCCCACACUGGAGUCCUUCUACUGUAACACAACCAAGAACCCCUCACAGAGUUCUAUAGACAGUCUGUGUAAGCAGACAGGUUGUUCAGAGAGACAGGUGCAGAGAUGGUUCAGGAGACGCAGGAACCAGGACCGACCCAGUCUACUGAAGAAGUUCAAAGAGGCCAGUUGGAGAUUCACCUUUUAUCUUCUUGCUUUCAUUGCUGGCCUGGCUGCCCUCAUUGACAAACCCUGGCUGUAUGACUUUAAGGAGAUGUGGCAGGGCUUCCCUAUUCUGACUCUCCUGCCGUCUCAGUAUUGGUACUAUAUGAUAGAGCUGGGUUUCUACGUCUCUCUAAUCUUCAGUGUGGCAUCAGACGUCAAACGGAAAGACUUUAAGGAGCAGAUGGUUCACCAUAUGGCCACCAUCUUCCUCAUCAGUUUCUCCUGGUGUGUCAACUACAUCAGAGCGGGUACGCUCAUCAUGCUGCUGCACGACUCCUCCGACUAUUUACUGGAGUCCGCUAAGAUAUUCAUCUAUGCUGGAUGGAGAAACACCAGUAACUACGUCUUCUUCCUCUUCGCUGCCGUCUUCAUCUUCACUAGACUCUAUAUCUUCCCCUUCUACAUCAUUUAUUCUACGUACAUUUAUCCGAUGACUAUGUACUCUCCGUUCUUUGGAUACUACUUCCUGAAUUUCCUUAUGAUGGUGCUGCAGUGUCUCCAUGUCUUCUGGGCCAUCCUCAUUCUGCGUAUGGCUGUCCGCUUCCUGAGCAGUGAUGAAAAGGUGGAGGACGAGAGGAGCGAUAAAGAAGAGACAGACGAGUCAGGGGAGGAAGAGGAGGGGGUGGAGAAGAAAGGUGCGGUGCAGAAUGGUCACGCCGCUCACAACAACCACCGUAAGACGGAGUAAUGAAAACGUGUGCCAGGAAGUAAGAGUGUGAAGAAUUCACAUCCCUCACUCAGCAGAGUGGGAGAGAUGGAGGGAAGGGGAAAGGGAGAGAUGGAGGGAAAGGGAGAGAUGGAGAGAUGGAGGGAAGGGGAGAGAUGGAGGGAAGGGGAAAGGGAGAGAUGGAGGGAAGGGGAAAGGGAGAGAUGGAGGGAAGGGGAAAGGGAGAGAUGGAGGGAAGGGGAAAGGGAGAGAUGGAGGGAAGGGGAAAGGGAGAGAUGGAGGGAAGGGGAAAGGGAGAGAUGGAGGGAAGGGGAAAGGGAGAGAUGGAGGGAAGGGGAAAGGUAGAGAUGGAGGGAAGAGGAAAAGGAGAGAUGGAGGGAAGGGGAAAGGGACAGAGUGGUAGAGAAAAUGGACGAAGGAGAAGGAAAGGCAUUCCUAAAGCCUGUACCUGUGGUUAGAUACACUGUACUACAUUAUAAACACUCAAUCACACACACAAUUUUGGAUAUACUACAUUAAUUGGCAUGGACCUGUUAUUAUAGUCCAUUAAUAACACACAAACACACACACGGGUAAUUCUCACAAAACUGUAAUAAAAAAAUACAUUUAGUCAUGUCCUCUUGAAUAACUGAGAUUAGGAUCUAUAUGUAUCUUUUUCAUAAUUAUUAUUAGUUUUUUAUUAGAUAUUAUGCAUUCUACCAACAUUUUCACAAAAUUCUCAUUAGUUUUUGAAGUCCCAAAUAGUUAUAAAUCAAUAUUUAUAAUAUUUUUUAACAUUGCUCCCCUAAUGAAAAUGCCUGAGUUAAACAUAACACUGAAAAAUACAAAUAUUUUAAAAUGACAAUUAUUAUCCAAUUAAAAUCAGACUUUCCCCAAUUUGAGCUCUUUAGCUGUUUUCUAAGGACUACUCUAGAUGAUGCAUCAUGGGUGAAGAAAUGUUUAUUUAAAAACUGGAGUUUUAUAGGAACUUGAAAAAAAUGGUAAUGAAAUAUCCACAGACACUGCUUGUAUGUAAUAAAUAUUAUAGUUUAAUGUAAACUUCAACUAGUAUACAAUUUUUAUAAUUUAUGGAGAAACUACAGCAACAUAUUUUGUUUUAUUUAAAUAAGUUAGUUUUUUUUAAAGAUGUAUUUUUAUAAAAUUACCAUGAAUUUAAUCAGUACGCAUUUCAGUAAUGAAAAUGUAUUUCUUUUUUUUUUUACAUGACACUUUCCCCUAAAACUAGACAUCUUAGUCCUCAGAAUAAUAUCAUGCAUCAUGGUUUUGUAACUUAAUUUGUUCAUGAGAAGACACCCAAUAGAAGGAAGAAGAAAGGGGAGACGGAAGGGGAGAAAGUGUGAUGCUCUUCUUACUGUACUCAUGUGCCUUACAGCCAGACUAUGGUGCUUUUACCUUGUUCUGUUAUUUUUCACUCACCUUGUUGUUGCUCAACCUGCUAUAAGCAUGUUUUGUCCAUGUGCCUUUAUGUCCAAUACUCCAGUUGCCAUGAAAGACAGACUUUAGAAAAGAGACACAACAAGAUUUAACCUACUGCACUGUAUGGACCUUGAUUUGAGGGCCUGUUAAUAAACGGCUUUAUUGAAUGGUUAAUAAACAAUGUAAUAAUGUGAAUAACUGAUUCAUAAACGUUGUAAUCAUGUUUAUAAGCAGCUUAUAAGCAGUCCUUCAAACAAAGCGUUAAAUAGUUGUUGGGGUAUAUUGAGAGUCUGCUGAUUCUGAAUGAUGCUCUCCUUCCCCUGCUGAUGUCAUGUUUGUGUGCCAGUGGUAACGCUCUGUCUGUAGACACUCUCCGUUGACAUUGGAGAGGAAAAUACUGGUUAUCAAACAGUUUUAUCAUGUUUUCGCUCUGUAUGUGCGUGACUAUUCAGUAUAUCUUCUGAGUGUCAUUGACAUCUUACCAAGGUCACGCAGGCAGAACUUUAUUUUCAGUAUAUUUCAAUAGUUUUUUCAAAAACAAAAAUUGCCAUUGUAAAUGUAAAGGCAAAAAACAACAACAGUCCAGCCAGUCAAGAUCCCAAAUAGAAUGUCAAUAAUUCAGAAUUUUUUAAAAGAAAUAUUUGAACUGUUUUCCAGUCUAGACCAGUUAAGACCAGUAUGGACCAGUUGUGGUUUCAUUGCAGUGUGGUAUGACGCAUGUCAUCGACUAGAGAUGCAUUCAACUCCGCUAACGAUUAUAAAGCUCCCAACUCUGAGCUCCCACCAACAAUCCGAUUCACCAAGAAUGUUCGACAACAGGAGCGAACUGUUCUAUUCUAUUGAAAACACUUGAUUGUGUACUCUUUCUUCAAGAAUGACCUUGUAAGGAUGAAUAUUUUCUGCAAAUGUUUGCAGAGUUGAAUGCCAGUCUGGUUUGGUCCAGUCCAAUCUGUUUCUGGGCACAAUGAUCCAGUAGAAUCCUGACCCACACUGAUGAUAUCAUGCAUCAUGAUGGAUAUUCAUCGGGGGCCUGGAUUGGUUGGUCAGAACAGGACAUUUCUUCUCAGGAGACUGGAAAGGGCCAUUGUAAUUUAGGCUUUAUUUACGGCAGAUUGUUUAGGCCAUACUGCCCCGGAUUAGAUUAUCCUGUGUGUGUGGUAUGUGUUUUUCUGUUAUUCUAGAGUGAUUUGAGGUAUGAUUCCUUUGAGAAACAGGUUUACAGUCAUGUUUCAUGUUUGACAUCAUUGUUUCAGAAAAGUUCGGAUUUUUCUUGAGUUUGGAUCUUAGCAACUCAAUUGCUCAGUAAGCAAAAAUAUGAUACAUGGAACAAUGGAAGUGUUGUAUUUUUAUCAUUAUAUAUUUUCAAUUGUUGUUGUAUGUUAAGUGCCUUAUCUGUAAUGUAUGGGAUAGCCUACCCUCUCACCUUUCUACCUUCUUCAGCUCCUCAUCCUCAUUCAUCCUUUCUCCCUCUUUCUUUUCCUUCUUAUUGUUCCCCACUCCUCCUCAUCCAUCUCCUCCCUCAUUCUGAGAUCCUCCCCUCACAGCCUUUCACAUCCCCAUUCCAACCCUUGUUCAUUUGUACUAACCUUGACCAAUCUUCCUCUCUUCCCCCAUCGCUUUGGAAAAACAGUCACGUAAUUACAGUGUUAUUUUGUGUGUGUGUAUUAUGAUGCUUAAGUAUUAUCAUUAAUAAUAAAAACAACGAUCAUGAAUCACUACGCCAAA